AUGGUCAGACUCGUCUCUGUCUUCGUCAUCGCCCUCGGCAGCAUCGCGUCCGCCGCGCCCAUCAUGCGCCGCGCGUUCCAACUCCAGGACUACGCCGCGUUCCAGAUCUCCGAUGGCGUCGCCGGUAACGCCGCCGCGGAGGCGAACGCCGUCUUCGUCACGCCCUUCAGCGGCGUCGACCUCGCGUCCGUCGACUCGACCACCCUCAAGGCCGUGCAGACCAUGCGCGAGGCCGCUGAGGCCGCGGAGACCGACCAGUUCAACCCCGCGAUCGAGGCCGCGACCGGCGCGACCGCGACCGCGCUCCAGAACGGUAAGAUCAAGAACAAGGUCCUCAAGCUCACCGGCGAGGUCCAGGCGCUCCAGAUUCAGCUCGCCCAGGCCAAGGCGGCGGGCAAGUCGACGUCGAGCAUCCAGUCCAACAUCGCGGCGGAGCAGAAGAAGCUCGACACGAACAUCGCGAUCGACACCAAGAACGCCGGCCAGGCGUCCAAGGGCGUCACCUCCUCUUCUUCCGCGGCGUCCACCGCGGAGACCGCGAACGAGGACGUCUCUGCGACCCCUGCCGCGUCCUCCGGCACGUUCACGCUCAAGGACUACGCCGCGUUCCAGAUCUCCGACGGCAAGACCGGCACCGCCAAAGCCGAGGCCGAGGCCGUCUUCGUCACCCCCUUCGCCGGCGUCGACCUCGCCACCGUCGACGCCGCGACCCUGGACGCCGUGCAGACCAUGCGCGAGGCCGCCGAGGCCGCGGAGACGGACCAGUUCAACCCCGCGAUCGCCGCCGCGUCCGGCGCGUCCGCGACCGCGCUCCAGAACGGCAAGAUCAAGAACAAGGUCCUCAAGCUCACCGGCGAGGUCCAGGCGCUCCAGAUCCAGCUCGCGCAGGCUCAGGCCGCCGGCAAGUCGACGUCGAGCAUCGCGUCGAAGAUCGCGGCGGAGCAGAAGAAGCUCGACUCGAACAUCGCGAUCGACACCAAGAACGCCGGUCAGGCGUCCAAGGGCGUCGCAUGA